AUGAAAGGAAACAGGACCCUGCUGACUGAGUUUGUCCUCAGAGGAAUAACAGAUCGUCCAGAGCUGCAAGUCCCCCUGUUCCUGGUGUUUUUCUUUACCUAUCUUACCACCAUGGUGGGCAACCUUGGCUUAAUUUUUCUCAUCUGGAAGGACCCCCAUCUUCACACUCCUAUGUACAUUUUCCUUGGACAUUUAGCCUUUGCUGAUGGUUGUAUUUCAACCACAGUGACUCCAAAAAUGCUUAUGACAUUUUUGUAUAAAAAUGUCAUGAUAUCUCUGGGUGAGUGUUUUGCCCAGUAUUACUUUUUUUGUAUCAGUGCAACUACCGAAAUUUUUCUCCUUGUAGCAAUGGCCUAUGACCGCUAUGUAGCCAUAUGCAACCCUCUGCACUAUGCAGUUGUGAUGUCCAAAAGACUCUAUUGA